UCUGUUUGAUUUGGGGGAAGUGCUUAGUCAACCCCACAGGCUUUAAAAACAACAGGGGUUUACUGCCUGUGUUUAUGUGGGUCACAGGACAGGGAGUGGACAGAGGUAGAUUGAGUCCAGCCAGCCAGGGAGGGACAAUGCGCUCUCUCUCGUCGCUGUGGCUGUGCGCGGCCCUGCCAGGUCUGCUGUGGGCCUCGCACGUCAGUCUGAUAGUGGAGGGGGACAGUGACGCCUCCAGGAUCUGCAAACCAGCCCCCAGCUGGACCAUAAAGGAACAUGCACCCAUGCAAGAGGUGCUGGGAAAUGUGGCUGUGGUGGCGCUACUGAAGGCCAGCUGACAGUUCUGUCUCACUCAGGCCUCCAAAAUUGGAGGCCUGCGUGACAAGCUGAACCGCAGCAACCUGACAGAAGUGUCAUUUAUGAUAGUGAAUGAGCGCGAUGCUCAGUCCAGAGCCAUGUACUGGGAGCUGAAGAGAAGAGCGCCCCCUGGUGUUCCUGUUUACCAGCAGGCUCCCUUUCAAGAUGAUGUGUGGGAGGCUCUGGAUGGAGACAAAGAUGACUUCCUGAUCUAUGACAGGUGUGGUCUGCUCACCUUCCACAUAGUCCUGCCCUACAGUUUCCUGCAUUACGUCUACGUCGAGGCUGCGAUCAGAGCCACUUAUUAUAAAAACAUCUGCAACUGCACUGCAAAUUCUACUCUACCAAGUAGCGAGAACAGCCUCGUGAGGACCGAGGUAAUACAGUUGAAUGCCAGCCAGACAACUCCGAUUCAGUAUGAGCCAGAAGAACCAGAGGUGGGAGUCAAAACUCAUCACCACAGCCAUCAUCAUCAUCAUCCUCAUGUUUCUCACCACCACCCCCACCACCACCACACCAGUCACCAGAAUCAGUCCCAAACUCAACACGAAACAAGCCAGAACGAAACUCUUCAUCCUGUCACUGAUCACCACCAUCCUGAUCAACAUCACACUCAUCAUCAUCAUCAUCAUCAUCAUCAUCAUCAUCACCCCCAUCAGCAUCAUCAGCAGGCUGGCAACCACAGUCAUCAAAGUGGAAUGGAAGAGGAAAAUUAGGAUGAAUUUUUUAUUUGAAUUGUCUCACAAGAAUCCGUGAAAUAGCCACGGAUUCGCAUAACUCAAAAUCUGUGAAAUAGCCACGGAAUCACUCAAAUUUCCGUGAAACUGGCAUGGAUUUCACUACAAUGCAAGUUAAUGACAGUCAUAUCCCGUGGCUAUUCCAUGGAUAUUUGUUCCUUUUGGUUUGUUCCAAGUCACGUGACUUUCAAGGUCCCGGCGGUCAGAACAAAAAACAUGGCGGACAGUUCUCUCAUUUUUUGUGAAAAAAUCAAUAUUUUGACUUAGUUUCUGCAUAAAAAUGGAUUUUGAUCACAUUUCUAGCUAGAAAUAUAUGUUUUAUUUUCUAAAUAUUCACUCAGUGAAUGUACAUAAUCACUUUGUAUGUUGGAAUAGCCACGGGAUAUGACUGUCAUUAACUUGCAUUGUAGCGAAAUCCGUGUCAGUUUCAGGGAAAUUUGAGUGAUUCCGUGGCUAUUCCACGGAUUUUGAGUUAAGCGAAUCCGUGGCUAUUUCACGGAUUCCUGUGAGACCAGGUUGUUUUAUUUCUAAUGUAGUAUUUUACUUUUGGUGAAAUAGUUUUACUUUGAUGGCAGAAGAGCAGUUCAGCGAGCAGGAGAACCUGGUAAAGCGGUGAUCAGGUUGUGGUUUCUCUGCUAGCAUCUGCACACCUCCCUUCUCUGUGUGGAUAACGUAACCAGUGGCAACCAGUCUUCUCCCAUUAAUGAAGUCUAUGGUGUGAAACCUGGCUGCAGGGGGCUGUGGAUGGAUGUGUGUGGAGAGACUGGAUGUGUUGAUGGUUACUGUCAGUCACACAGAGUCACAGGAUGUUGUGCGCUACUAGUGAGCAAACCUCCAUCUGAUAACGGUCCAAACAUUUUCCUUCUUGUUCUCGUGCAUGCUCUGCGAGUGAUAUGCUGUGCUAUUACAUCACUAUGUACAUAUAACAAGAGAUUAAAAUGCUGUCCUUCAUUCAUUUAAAUGUGUGCAAGCAUUUUGGAGAGCGUUGUCACAGAUUAAUAUUCUGGUUAAAUUAAAUCAUUAGAUUUUAUAAAUCACACCAGCAGAUGCAAUAUUUUUCACUUCUACAAGUAUAAUUUGCAGUAUUACUGGAUUAAUUAACUAUACAUUUCUUCGUUUAUUAAUCAAUUUAACGUAUUUGCUGUGGAUUUGAAACUUUAAUACUUCUGAUUAAUUACUGGAAUGUAGAGUGAACCUUUAACAUAUUGAGUGUUGCUUUCCAUUAAAAAAAUAUAUUC